CUUCACUCAGUUGCGAAAAUAUAUACGUUGAGCUAUGUGAAAAUUAAUAAGAAUCAAAGAUGAAGAUAAUCAUGAUUAAUACUGCACUACUAAUGGCCGUGAUUCUGAUGGUGUUGCCGGAUCCAACAUGGUCCGACCCGAGAUCCAAGACCGUGAAGCUCAUCUGCGGCGAGCAAUCGGAGCACAACGCCACCCUCUACGUGCCCAACUUCGUCGCCACCAUGGAAAACAUCAGCGCCCAAAUCCGGAAUUCGGGCUUCGGGCUUUCAGUAACGGGCCCUGGCAACAUCGACACCAACUACGGUCUCGCCCAGUGCUACGGCGACCUCUCCCCGCUCGACUGCGUCCUCUGCUACGCCGAGGCCCGCACCGUCCUCCCCCAGUGCUUCCCGGCCAACGGCGGCAGGAUAUUCCUCGACGGCUGCUUCAUGCGGGCCGAGAACUACAGCUUCUUCCACGAGUACUCCGGCCCGAACGACGUCGCCGUAUGCGGGAACGAAACCCGGACGGGCCCCGCGUUUCGGGAGUCGGUCAGGCGGGCUUUGAACGACGCCGUUUUAACGGCCCCCGAAAAGAACGGGUACGGUCGGGCUGAGGUGGCGGUUUCCGGUGACGGAAACGGGUCGGCUUAUGUAUUGGCCGAUUGCUGGAGGACGCUAAACGCAAGUGCUUGUAGAAGUUGUCUGAAGAAAGCUUCUUCGUCGGUAAUGAAAUGUUUGCCUUUGUCGAACGGUCGAGCACUGAACGCCGGCUGUUUUUUGAGAUACUCCAACACUAAUUUCCUUAAUCCUAUUCCUCAAAAUCGGAAUUCAAAAGAAAGAAUAAUAGUAAUUGUGAUGGCAUGUGUUAGUGCGGCGGCAGUUUUAAUCAUAGGAGCAGUAAUUGGAGUUUAUACAUGGAAGCAGAGAAUUAUUCAAAGGAAAAGAAAAGGCUCAGAUGACACCAAAAAAUACGCGAAAACGCUAAACGACAGCAGCUUGAACUUCAAAUAUUCGACACUUGAAAAAGCCACCGCGUCCUUCGACGAAGCUAACAAGCUCGGCCGAGGCGGAUUCGGUACGGUCUACAAGGGAGUUUUGCCAGACGGAAGAGAAAUUGCGGUGAAGAGGCUUUUCUUCAACAACAAACACCGAGCAUCCGAUUUCUACAACGAAGUCAAAAUCAUAAGCUCGGUCGAACACAAAAACCUAGUUAGACUCUUGGGUUGCAGUUGCUCGGGUCCAGAAAGUCUACUCGUUUACGAGUUUUUGCCUAACACGAGCCUUGAUCGCUUCAUCUUCGAUUCGAGCAAAGGCAAAGGGUUAAACUGGGAAAAAAGAUUCGAGAUAAUAAUCGGAACAGCCGAAGGACUAGUCUACCUCCACGAAAACGGCAAUGCAAGAAUCAUCCACCGGGACAUAAAAGCAAGCAACAUAUUAUUAGACUCGAGGCUUCGUGCUAAAAUCGCCGAUUUCGGACUUGCUAGGUCGUUUCAAGAAGAUAAAAGCCACAUCAGCACCGCUAUAGCUGGAACAUUGGGAUAUAUGGCGCCUGAAUACUUAGCACACGGGCAGUUAACAGAAAAGGCAGAUGUGUACAGCUUCGGAGUACUCUUGCUCGAAAUAGUCACCGGCAGACAGAACAACAGAAGUAAUACCUCCGUGUACGCAGAAAGUUUGGUGACUAUCACAUGGAAGCGGUUCCAACAAAGGACGGUGGAAGAGAUUUUCGACUCGAACUUAGUAACGUCGCACAAUUACAAUUACAAUAUCGAGACGAGAAACGAUAUUCUACGCGUGGUGCACGUGGGACUACUGUGCACCCAAGAGAUCGCUUCGUUGAGACCGUCGAUGUCAAAGGCAUUGGAGAUGCUGGUGAAGAAGGACGAAGAUCUUCCUGCACCAACUAGUCCGCCUUUUGUGGACGAUAACACGAUGGAACUCAACGGAACGAAUGAACACCCAUCUCCGCCCCUCGAUUACGGGAAUUCUGAUUCGGCUGCCAGCAUGUCACAGAGUAUAUUCUUUCCCAGGUGACAUUUAUAUUUUCGAUUUUAAAAAAGUACCGAUCCGUUCUACUAUAUAGUAUCGGUUUCGUAAUGCAAAUAAAGACAAGAAACAGAACAACGGGC